GCCACCCGGAGGUAACCUCACAGUCAACAGGACACGAAGCUAUGUGAGUCCUCUUCUGUUAGGGAAACUCGGCAUUCGAUACACACGACUCAUCGUUACCAGCGGGAGAUUGGAUAACAUCGAUAGCAUGGGACAACUUAGCGCGCGGCUCUGCAGCCGCCAGGGCUACACACAUUCCAGUCUGAUUGGCUUCACUUUUGGCCCACAGCCCAGAGGCUGUCUGCAUAAAACCCGUGUGUGUUUAAAGCCAGGACCAGAAAGCAAGAGGUACUCUCAGGCUCACUUCGGACUAAAACACUGAAGAUUAAACAACAUUUUGAGCACUGUGCCUGAAGAUUGUGCAAAAUGUGUAAAGGAUUAGCUGCCCUGCCCCAAACCUGCCUUGUAAGGGCUAAAGAGAUCAAGUCAAAAUUGGGAGUUUUGCUGCAAAAGCCAGAAAAUGCAAUCGACCUUAUCAUUCCCUAUCCGGAGAAAACUGAGAAGAAGCCGGAGAAGCUGCAGAAACCUCCGUGUGACGAAGCUGCUCAGUGGCGUGAGAGUCUGGACCGAGUACUGAACAACAGCUAUGGUCUUGCUACCUUCCGUAGCUUCCUGCAGUCUGAGUUCAGUGAUGAGAAUAUUGAGUUUUGGAUGGCUUGUGAGGAUUUCAAGAAGACCAAGAACCCAGUGAAGAUGGCUGCCAAGGCAAAAAUGAUCUAUGAAGACUACAUUCAGUCCGAGGGACCCAAAGAGGUCAACAUUGACCAUUUCACCAAAGAUGUAACUCUAAGGAAUUUGGUGGAUCUUUCGCCUGAAACUUUUGACCUGGCCCAAAAGAGGAUCCACGCCCUGAUGGAAAAAGACUCCUUCGGUCGCUUCUUGAGGUCUGAGCAGUACCAGGAGCUCUUGGUCAACUAAACCUGAGCAGGAGACUUAAGCAGCUGGGUGGAGAGGUGGUAAAUCGAUUUCAGUUUAGUUUUUUGGUCAAAUAUGAUCUAUUAAAAAUAGAAAUCAAGAUUAAAAAUUUGUGUUAAAGCUCAAGAUUAUAUAUGAUACAAAGUGCACCAAUGAGUUAAAUGAGUGAGCUGCUCAGAUGAAAUUGAACUCUCAAAUUCCCGCCUAAAUUAUAUUCCUUGUGCUACAGAACUCAUACACUUAAUCACAAAAUCAAUAUUUAGACAAAACCGAUGCCAAUCAACUCACAUGAAGAAGAGCAAGUCCGUUUCAAAUCCUCUUCUUGUCUGGCACAUCCAAGCUGACCAAUUAUGCUGUGCUAUUCAGACUUAAUUCUAUUUUAGGAGGCAGAGCUCUUAUGCACCGUACCAAACUACAUUUUUUAAUACCUUCAAAACCAAAAAUAAAUAAAGUAUUAUAUAUAAUAUAGUAUGAAAUAACUUCACUUGCUUCAGAAAAAUACAAACAUACCUUCUAUGGUAGUGCCUUAGUGACUAGAAAUCAUGCUAAUCAUCAAGUAUACAUAAAUAACUUUUUAUUUUUAUAUAUAUAUAUGACUGUGCCUCAAUGCACAAAGCAAGGUCCAUAAUGGCAUGGUUGGACGAGUUUGUUAUGAACGAACCUGACAGCCAUGACCUAAACCCCAUCAAAUACCUUUGGGAUCAACUAGAACGCAGAACGCAUCUAACAUCACUGACCGCUCACAAAUGCUCCCCUGGGAGCAAAGGGAAGAGAUUUUUUUGGAAUAGCCUCGUGUCCCAAUACUUUGGUCCAUGUUGUUAUAUCGUAAUGGUUUUCCCAAAUGUGUUAACCCAUGUAAAAAUGCUCAUUUGUUUGUUUUGAACAAUGACAUGAUAUCAGGUACCGCAAGUUAUUCACGUUAAUAAAAUAAAAUGUGCACCAGCCUUCCUGCAAAUGAAAAUGUAUGAUGUUCACAAAACUUUCAUUUGUCUUUUCCAGUUUCUCAUUCCUCACAAAUAUAAGUUUACGUAGUGUAUCCACCAACCUCCUAUUUUGGCUCCUGUGAGAGCCAUCAUUGAGAACACUGCUGCCUAGUUGGCUCAGUGGCCAAGCUCCUCAGCUGCCACUAAAGUGCAUGUUGCUUGGAUUGGAAAUCAAGUGGGAGGGAGUCUCAGAAUAAGGGAACUGCGUGGCGAUAUGGUUUUAUAAAGUAUACACAAAGAUAUUAGCAACCUGCAGUGGUGUUUUUCCCAUGUGCUUUUACUUACAUUGUUGAAAACUGAAUCAGCUAUAAGCCAUGACUUAACAUACCAGCAAACAUUAAAAAAGAAGGGAAGGGAUUUCUGAUUUGCUGCAGAUCCUACCAAUGAAAGUCGAUCCUUUUCUUAUAUGGAUAACAUUGAUCAUAACAAAAUCAAAAAUGAAUCUGAAUGAUGAUACAUAUAUACAGUCUCCUCCUAACUCAUUAAAACAUUAUUUAUUCCUUAGAAAUUCAUUUAUUGAUGCAUUUUUUUUUACAUUACGUGAACAUUGAUGGAAACUGUGGUGGGUUUAAAGUUUGUGUUCAAUUUGAGUUCACAAAGUGUGAUGAUAUACUCAUAUGUAAUCUGUUGUUGUUGUUUUUAUCUUACAAAAGCAUUUGUAUCCUCAUCAACCCAAUAUUAUCUUCUACAUAUUCACCAUUUGUUAAGUAAUUUUUGGUUCGGGAAUUGCACAGUGUUAGGCUUCAAUAUGGGACAGAUUUGCCAGUCUGUUGCCAUAAAGAAAACAAAUAGGACUUGGGGAGUGCUGAAUAUGUCACAAAAUCUUGCAUGUAUGUCUUGGAGUUGACCACAUAAAUAUAUAUCUGCAUACUACAUACUACUGCUGAAGAUGUAUUUAUUUUACAUGUAAAUAUAUAUUUGCAUAACA